AUGAAGGCAAUGUUAUUGGAAAUAGGGUUGAAGAGUGAUAUUUGGUAUAAAUAUGUUUUGCGGGUCGGGCUUAUGGUAGGAAGUGGGCUUGGAGCGAGGAGUGGUCGUGAGGGCAAGACAGUACGGUGUCCGCAUCGGAUAGGAGGGAGUAAGGGCUAUCAUGGUUUGGUCAAAGCUAGGUGGGCGUGGAGAGCAUCAAGUAAUGGGAGACAAUAUGUGGGUGGGUUAGUGUCCGGGCUUAUGGUAGGAAGUGGGCUUGGAGCGAGGAGUGGGUCGUGCGGGCAAGAUGGUCGGUGUCCGAUGUUAGGGCUUACUUAUUUGAUGGGGUGGAUUUAUGAACUAGACAUGUUUGUGUUGUUGUGGGAUAGACGGGAUAAGUCUGGGCAUAUGAAGUGGGAGGAUGCCAUGGUUAUUGUGAUCAACGGGAGGAAGAGUGGUUGGAGGAUUGACCACGUCCCCUUCGGCGACCUCUUCCACGAGAGCCGAAUUAAUGCCUUUGAACAUAGUUAA